AUGACCACCACCAUGCCCAUGACCAACACAACCAUGACCACCACCAUACCCAUGACCAACACAACCAUGACCACCACCAUGCCCAUGACCAACACCGCUCUGCCUGCAACAGUUGGUAACUACAACCAACAAAAUGCAAGUUUUUCAGGAGAAGCGUUAAACCAACAUCAUCCAAUGAGCAUCAAAAAUAUCAAACAGAUGUUGCAAAAUUCAAACUACCCUGUCAACAUUCCCAAAAUACAAAACCCUCCUGUUCCUAACAAUAAUUUGUCGAUGUUAUCCCUCCCCAGCCAUGGAAAUAUACCCGCAGCAUCAAACUACCACCACUACCCACAACAACAACAACAUCAACCACUGCCACAACAAAACCAUCUGCACGUAAACCAACAAUCUAUUCGGGUCUCUGAACAUACAAACGUUCGCCCUCAUGUUACAACCAGGCAAAGCAAAGUCAAAACGAAAAGGGUUUACAAAAUGCCUGUACAGGGAUUAAACACUGAUAAGUUGUCUUGGAAAAAAUAUGGUGCCAAGCUCGCUGAUGGCUCUCCUUAUCCGAGGGUAUAUUAUAAAUGUACGGUUACAAAUGACUGUAAGGUCCGAAGAAAAGUGCAGUUGAAUAGGUCCGACCCAAAUACGCUUAUCGUCACCUACUCCGGCGAUCAUAACCACUCACCGCCGUCUUCUUUGAAUUUUUUCACCGGCAGCAGCAGCGGCAAGGACCUUCUCAACAACCAUGAUGCUCGCGUCAAUGAUGAAACCAACCACCCUAGUUCCUCCAAGGCCAUUACUCCGCCAACCAUCUUGUCUUUUGGGAAGAAGCAGACUCAGAAUAACAACGACGCAAACAAGGAUGAUGACGUUUUUGGAGGGUUGGAGGAUUUUAUGCCUCUGUGA